GUUGUCAAAGGUAGAAGCCAUUGACAAUUCACUUUUUCAAAUUUUUCGCUGCUUCAUAUAACUGAUCACGUCUGGUACUUCUUUGGAGUAGGCCUAAGUAAUUCCAAGUGUUAGCAGUAAAGUAGACCUGCUUACUUAUGGCUUUUCCUGUUGUGGCGGGCGAGAUAGUGAAUUUGAAUGUUGGAGGUUGCAUCUAUACAACAAGUCGCUCUACGUUAACACGUUAUCCGGAUUCAAUGUUAGGAUCAAUGUUCAGUGAUCGGUUGCCAACAAACGUAGAUGAUGGCAAUCGCUACAUCAUUGACAGAGACGGUCCAACAUUUCGACACAUUCUAAACUUUCUCCGUCAAUCAAAGCUUAUCCUCCCAGACGGUUUUCAAGAGUGGGAUAUUCUAUCGGCUGAGGCAGACUACUAUCAAAUACAAGAACUCAUUCAGAUUAUCAACGAAACCAGACAGAGUGCUACAGCCUACGAAUUUUUGGAGGUGGAAUAUAAUCCGUUAGGUAUUGAUAAAACACUGCGCAUUUUUUGCAAACCAAAACUAAUCGAGCAAUCGUUAGCAACUGCUAUUGAUUUUAAGUUGGAAAGUACAGGAAAAGAACAUCGCUUACGGUCUAAGUCUCGUGGAUACUCUAUGGCAGAAUACUCUGGAUAUAAAUUCGAAUUGUCAUGCUACGUCGGGGAUAGAAUACAUGUAAAUCGAUUGAAGUUGUUCAGAGAGAUAACCAAAAUUGGCUUUAGAUUGAUAUCUACUGCCUCCGGGUCUAACUGUAGCACAGACAGGUGGACAUUUUCAAGAAAAGAGAUUGCCAAUGACUAA